UCUAAUCGCGCGAUCAUGUCAACCGCUACUCCAUCCGACGACCUGCACGUCGUGCUCAAGACCGCCCACGAGACUCCCACAACGCAGACCUUCCAUGUCGGCACCAGAAGAUCAAUGCUUGCGAGAGUGCAAGCCGACGAAGUAGUCAAGAGCCUUCGAGCAGCAUGGCCAGAGCACAACUUUGAGAUCCACGCGAUGAGCACUACCGGCGACAACAAUCAAAAGACCGCAUUGCACAAGUUCAACGAGAAGGCCCUAUGGACGCAAGAGCUGGAAGUGCUGCUGGAGAGCAAAGAGCUAGACCUGAUCGUCCACAGUCUGAAGGAUAUGCCCACACAACUCCCUGCCGAGCUCGAUCUGACAUGUGUGACGAAGCGGGAAGACCCAAGAGAUGCGUUGGUGCUCAAGCCUGACCUGGUGGGCAAAGUGCGUGGAUUGAGCGAUUUGCCCGAGGGUGCGAUCGUGGGCACGUCAAGUCUGCGAAGAACAGCUCAACUCAAGCGACACUAUCCUCAACUGCAGUUCAAGGAUGUCCGAGGGAACAUUGGGACACGAUUGGCCAAACUGGACGAUCCAAAUGGUGACUACUCGGCCAUUUGCAUUGCUGUCGCUGGGCUCGAACGUUUGGGCAUGUCUGAUCGCAUCAAUGUGUUUCUCUCGAAAGAGAACGGAGGUAUGCUACAUGCUGUAGGGCAGGGAGCACUGGGAAUCGAGACGCGAAAAGACGACACACGGACAAUCGAGCUGCUCUCCAGAAUCGGCGACGAUCGCACCAUGCGCCAAGCCUUCGCGGAGCGGCAACUCAUGCGAACAUUGGAAGGAGGUUGCUCGGUGCCUAUCGGGGUAGAGACGCAGUGGAAGAAAGAGGAGACGGCGAGCGAUGAGCUGAUCAUGCGGGCUAUUGUGGUAAGUCUGGACGGGCAGGAUGCAGCGGAGAUCGAGACGAGAAGAAUUGUCAGCAAUAUCGAGCAGGCGAACGAGCUGGGCUUCGAUGUUGCAAGAAUGCUGGUGGAGAAGGGCGCGGACAGGAUUCUGAAAGAGGUGCAGCUCAAUCGAGGUAUCAUCGAAAACCAAGGGGGCGCGUGA